AUGCCAACCAUUCCUGAGGAAUAUUUCGUUAAGCCCCGGUGGGAAAAUAAAUAUUUCAUCUACGACUGUUCCCAUGGUAACUGUGGUGGUCUAGGGGACAGAGAAGAAGGAAUUGUAGGUGCUUAUAUCCUUUCACAAAUACUAAGUCGGAAGUUCAAAGUCAACAUGCUGGUACCAUGUGAUAUCGGGAAUUUCCUCCAGUCGAACAAAGUUGACUGGAGUCUUCAACCUUCUGAAAUAAAUGGCCUGAAAAGUAGCAGGUACAAGCGACUUGACCAUGAAGCAUUUAAGCUACGUGAGAAAAUUGCAAAAUCUCUUGAUUUAGAAAAGGAAUUUCCUUCAGACGUCACAUAUUUUACUGUGAACCAGGAAAUGGUUAACUAUCUAAAGCUGCAUCCGCUUUUUAAGACUCUUCGGUGGGCAUAUAAUCAGACAACAACUGACAUAUACAAUAUUGUUUUACGACGGUUGUUUAGAAUGAGACCUGAAAUUCAAGAAAGGUUUGAUCAUUUCCAAAUAUCAGCCCGUGACAAAGGGAGAAAACUCGUGUGUGCACAUGUUCGAGUGAUGAACAAUCCUACUAUUCCAGGCGAUGGUUAUAGACCCACACCCUUGAAUGUUAGUGUAGUGUGGAACUUCCUUAGUCAAUAUAAUAACAGCGCCCUCUAUCGAAUGUUCGUAGCCACAGACUCUCAGAAAGUGCGACAGGAUGCGAAGAGGUUGUUUCCUAGUGUCAUCCAAGAUUUGGAGGGGGAUAUCGUUCAUGUUGAUCGUGACAAUCAUGGAAAAGAUUACGCAUGCGCCGGUUUUGGUAAAGUGAUUCUUGAUCAACAGACGAUGUCAUCAUGUGAUGUAUUCUUUAUGACAGACAGCGGACUUGGCCGUAUCGCAUCCAUGAUGAGGGGAACAGACAAAGGCCUAUAUUGUAUGACUAGCAAUUCCGCAUACAGCAAGUGCUCUUUUGACGAUAAAGGUUUAUUUCCACAGAACUGGUACACAGGCGCUCGUGCCUUUGAAAGGAUCAGUGAUUAA